AUGUGGUCCAAACCUCAGCCUGUACCGACGAGGAUAGAUCCCGAGCACAGGUCUAAACAGCUAAAGGAUGGAAGUCGGAUCAUGGCGCAGUACACGGAUCCAUUCUCUGACGAAUACAUGAUUGAAGACGUCCGGACGUUGUAUGACGUUUUCAACAGGGGGCACCGCCUAUCAAAGCACAAGGCCUGCCUUGGAGAGAGGACUGGACCUGCCCAGAAGUAUCAAUGGAUCACUUACGACGAGGCAAUGACUCGCUCACGGAAUUUUGGCUCGGGGCUGGUUCAUCUUGGAUUUCAAAAGGGAGAUAACUUUGGCAUUUACAGCGUGAACAACAGCAAAUGGGUACUGACUGAACAGGCCUGUAACGCCAACAGCCUUGUCACCGUUCCGCUAUAUGACUCACUUGGACCGGACGCGUUCAAAUAUAUCAUUAAUUUGACUGAAUUGAAGGUUCUCGUUUGCGACACUGUGGACAGGGCAAGAAAAGUCGUCACGAACUCAGCUGAAAUUCCCUCAUUAAAAACUAUCAUUAUUAUGUCGGAUAUGGAUGAUGAUCUGAAGAAAGACGCCACAGAGAAAGAUUUAUGUAUUUACACAUUUGAGCAAGUUGAGACAUACGGGAUUAACAAUCCACAUGAAGCCUCUCCUCCGGCCCCUUCAGACCUCGCCACGAUCUGCUUCACCAGCGGCACCACCGGUACUCCUAAAGGAGCUAUGCUUUCCCACGCCAAUAUUGUGAGAAAUGCGAGCACUCUGUCCUCCACACCUGAUCAUAUCGGGAAGAUGUUCUCUGCUGAGGAUUGUCAUUUUUCAUAUCUUCCCUUGGCACAUAUGUAUGAGAGGACAAUACAGGCAAUGAUGUUCUUACACGGAUGCCGGAUAGGGUUUUUUCGAGGUGACGUGAAGCUGCUGGUAGAAGACAUGCAGGAACUGAAACCCACCAUAUUUACUGCUGUACCCAGGUUGCUGAACCGGAUCUAUGAUAAAAUUCAAGCGGGUGCUCAAGGCAGUCGAAUAAAAAAGUUCUUACUGGAUACGGCCAUUCGACAGAAACAAGCGGAAAUAGAGCAGGGAAUCGUGCGUAAAGAUUCUUUCUGGGAUAAGCUCGUGCUUCACAAAAUACAAGCCCUUCUCGGUGGCAAUGUACGAGUGAUAACGACUGGAUCGGCUCCAUUGUCUGAGGAAGUACUCAAAUUUAUGAGAGCGGCAUUGGGUUGUCUUAUAAUGGAAGGUUACGGUCAAACUGAAGCCACGGCUGCUGUGACAUUCCAGUAUGCGGGGGAACGAGAAACGGGACACGUGGGGGGACCAGUCGCCUGCAACUAUGUGAAGUUGAUUGACGUCCCGGAGAUGGACUACCACUGUUCUGACGACAAAGGCGAGGUCUGCGUAAAGGGGCCGAACGUAUUCCAGGGAUACUACAAACAGCCUGAGUUAACAGCCGAUGCGAUAGAUGAGGAGGGCUGGCUGCACACAGGCGAUAUCGGAAUGUGGCUCCCUAACGGAGCUUUGAAAAUAAUUGAUCGGAAAAAGAACAUUUAUAAACUGGCUCAGGGCGAGUACAUAGCCCCGGAGAAGAUAGAGAAUGUGUACGCGCGAAGUGCCUUUGUCAUGCAGGCCUUUGUGGAUGGAGACUCUUUAAAGACCUGUUCUAUGGCGGUAAUCGUUCCGGAUCCAGAAGUCUUAAUCCCAUGGGCGCGUGGAAAACAUCUUGAGGGGGAGCUUCAAGAAUUGUGCAAAAAUCCGAUCGUUAAGCAGGAAGUUUUCCAGGACAUUUUAGACGUGGGAAAAUCUCAUGGUCUGUCAUCUUUAGAGCAGGUGAAAGACAUUUUCCUGUGUGCCGACAUUUUCACGCUGGACAAUGGGCUGGUGACACCAACGUUCAAGAAUAAACGGCCUGUUCUGAAGAAGUUUUUCGCCGAGGAAUUCGAUCGGAUGUACUCAAGCGUAAAAUGAAAGGUGUACAUGCAUUGUCAUUCUCUGAGAUUACGCGCUGGUGGUGUGUGAGGUCUGAAGGACAAAAGGCGGGAUUUAUGGAAAUGGUAAUUCUCUGACUGUGGUGUACGAGGCUAAACGUUAUACAUACAAAUUGUCAUUCACGUGUGCUUAAUGGCCUUUAACCGACUCAAAACUGUAUCUAAAAUCGGUUCAUUUACGCUUGUGUUUAUUAGGUCCAUAAACAAAGCCAGAACCUUGGUAUCGUGAACAAUAAUGAUUAGCUACAACACAUCCUUCAUGCACACUGCCAGUACUGAAAAAAAAAAAAAACUAUUCCACAUUUGUAUAUUUACAUGCAUCAAAGCUUUGUAUAUUUUGCACAUGUAGAAUGCUUUCUUAGCUAUCUGAUUCUGAUACAUUCAUUGUCAACUC